AUGUCCCCCACAGCUGCUCUUCAAGCCCGCUUGAAGGCGCUGUCGGUCACGAUCGGCCAGAUCCAGCCUUUGAUCGACCAACUUCGCAAAUCCACACCCAAUGAGAAUGGCGACGAAACUCGUCUGGAGCUGGGAGCGGAGAUUCAUGCGGGCCUUAAAGAUGCCGAGGACGGGCUUGAGCUGUUGCGGAUUGAGGUAGAAGCUCUAGACUCGAGCUCAGAUACCAGGAGAAGACAGUCGGUGGCGACUGGAGAGAAAGAAGCAGAGAAGGAGCGUGUCGUCACAAUGGCGGGACGAUUGGCGGAGGACCUUAAGAGAACUCGAAGCGAUUUUCGGAAUGCUCAAUUACAAUCCAAGCGUCAAACCGAGCUUGCUAAGCGGAAGGAGCGCGAGCUGCUGUUGUCCCGAUCGCAAUCGUCUUCGGGACGUCAUAAUAAGCCAUCAGAACACCUCACACAGGAUGACCUGGCGCUGAAUGCAUCGAAUGAUGUUACUGCUGCUUUGCGCAGAACCCAUCAACUGAUGCAAACUGAACUUUCUCGAAGUCAGUUUGCUCAAGAAACUCUUGAACAAUCAACCGCCGCUAUUUCAUCGUUGUCUGAAUCUUACACUAGUCUCGAUACCCUCCUUGCUUCAUCUCGCACUCUCGCCAACUCACUUCUACGCUCCCAGAAAUCGGAUACCUGGUACCUCGAAACCGCUUUUUGGAUUCUUAUCGCGACAAUCUCGUGGCUGGUCUUCCGACGGAUUCUCUACGGACCUCUCUGGUGGCUGGUGUGGCUACCAUUCCAAUUCAUCUUGCGAGUUGUAUUCGCAGUAUUUGGUAUCGUUGGCGUCACAAGUACCAAGUCUCUGCAGCCUUCAUCUAGCCCGAUUGCUGCUGAUAUCUCUGCUACUUUGCAAGAAGCAGCUGCAACUUUCACAGGUGGCGCCAUGCCUGAGAACAACGAUCAAGCUUCACAGGAAGAGGAGGAUCGUCUCAUCGAUAAGAUUGGGGAGAUGGUUGAAGAGGCAGAAACGCAGAAAGACAUCUAUCUUGACGAUAUACUAGCCGAGGCAAGGCACGAAAAAGAAGAACACCCUCGGAAUCCUAAAAAGAGGAUGAUGGAAGGUGAACGAGAUGUCGUAAGAGAUGAACUAUAG